GGAAAAAUGUUGCAUCCUGACUCCGCUUCAGCAGUUGUGUGCAAAGUCUAUGGGGAAUGAAGGAAAUUUUCUAUUUCCCAACAACCAUUACUAAAGUAAUGGCAUUAGUGCCACUGGUACAUGUAUGACUGGAUGACAACAUCGUCAUCGGUAACAAUGGUCGGCUGAUGGUAGAAAUGAAUGGAUGCGCAGACUACAAUGGAAGAGUCCAUCAGCAAAGUGCUGGCUAAAAUUCAGUCUGAUGAGACAGCAGCUGAUCUACAGUGGAGUCUCUUCCAGUCAGCGCUAAACAGCUAUCGUCGGGACAGUGUACUAAGGCCAUUUCCACCAACAUUACCAGCAAGCACUCCUAACAACCAAGAAAAGGAUUACACUGCAUUGAAGUCAGUUGCAGAUGAAGUACCCAAUUUACGGAAUCUGGUUCAAGCACGAGAUAAGAGUAAACUCAUCUCAGAGCAAGCUUGGAGACUGCUCAGCUGGGUUCUGCUUCAGAAUCCUUUAACUGUCCAUUGGCAUAAUAAGUCAAAGUUUCAACAAAUACAGGAAUUGACAGGAGAAUCCAGCUAUCAGGUGACUCCUAGUCAUGUCUUUGAGGUACAGUAUAGCUCAGCGUCUAGCCAGAAGUUUGAUGAGUUACGGCAGUCUAGAGAUCUCAUCUAUGCAUAUCAUGGAAGUCGGCUGGAUAACUUCUACUCUAUUCUGCACAAUGGCCUGCAUGCUCACAUGAAUAAGAACUCAUUAUUUGGUGAGGGAACCUAUCUGUCAAGCGACCUGAGUGUAUCCAUGCCAUACAGUCCCAUUGGUACAGCAUGGGAAGGCAGUAGUCUGGGAACCACUCUUAGCUGUGUAGCAGUGUGUGAACUGAUUGAUCACCCUGAUGUCAAAUGCCAGACAAGAGACAGAAGCAGUAAUGCUAAUGAUGGGCGUAGGCGGAGUCAUGCGCCACAGAGUAUGGGAGGGGAAGUACCUGAGAAGUACUACGUGGUCACUAACAACGAAGUGGUGAGACUCAAGUACUUACUGGUCUUUGCUGACAAAACCAAGUCAAAACGCUCAUCCCAGCCGAGGUCAAAGGUCAUGACCUUUGUCUGCAACCAUUUGUUUGCCUUGUGCAUGCUGGGAUAUCUAAUAGUGCUUCUGCUGAUCGGACUCCUGAACUCCAGAACUUUUCAGACAUUUUACAGGAAGCACUUUGGCUCCAGAUCAUGAUGUAAGCACAUCAUGUCCAUAAAGUACUGUUGGCAUCUCAAGAUAUGGACAUCGCAUUCUUUGGAAAUGAUCUCUUGCCAUGACCCACAAAAGGUUGUCUCAUUCAUCAGAUGAAAUCUUUCAUAGUUAGAAAUGAAGACAGAUAAAGGAUCAGCUUAUCUUGCAGUGCAGUCCUCAACAUAUACUAGAGGUUCAUUCAGUGGUUGGUUUGGUUUGCACCAAAUUCAAUUUUAAGGUAGCUGCCAGUAUGGGAAAGUAGGAUACUGGUCUCAGCAAUUUACGGAUUUCUAGUUUUAAGUCUUCUUUUUGAUUUCUUUCCCUUUAUUUUAAAUGCUGUGUCUGUUAGUUUUGUCUGAAGUUACUUUAUUAUUAAAGUUACUUUAUUAUUAUGCCUUAAUGUCUUCACUUUCCUCUUUUAUGUUCAAGUGGUUUUAUGGAGUAUUGAAUCUGCACUCAGUGCUUUUUUUGCCAAGAAAAGGUAGCGCUACAAUUACUUCAUUUGUAAUCAAAGAUUUUGGAAUACUUCCAGUGUUUUUGGGGGGCUAUGACAAACAUGAUACAAUAGCAUGAAAUUAUGGUAGGAUGCUGGCCUUUUUCCGAGCCUUUUGUUGUGUUUGUCCGAACAGACUCAAAGAUGCUUGGGCAAAUUGUCCGACCAACAUAUCAAAAACAGCUCUUAAAAUACAACGCAAUAUGUGUGAUUAUGGCAUCCUAUUUAUUAUUAGUUUUGUGUUAGAAUUGCGUUCAUUUUGCCCAAGCCAUUCAUCAGAGCUGAUCGCUCACCAUCAGCCCAUGUCACCCAGCACCACACGUGUAUGAACACGUGUGUACUUUACUUGCACAGACAUGAAAUCGUCCCAUAAUUCUUUGCGCAUAGUAAAACAUAGGUCAUACUGUCAACCGAACUGAUGUUCAAUUUUCUGUGGUAACCCAUGCAUGACACAUAUCCUGGGUACCAGGCAAUAUGGACCAGUUGUGGUUGGCUGUGUUGGUGCGGUUCCUCCAAUUCAACCCAAGUGUAUUUCUGUAUGUGCGAUGGGAGUAUACCCUCGUUGACCCGUGUGUCUUACUCCUGCUGAACACGAGUAGGUUGACCUAUGCACUUACCAAAGUACAAACUAUGUUAGUACAUGUAUUUGUAAAUAAUUGUAAUGGCGUUGUGUGCAUUAAGUGGUUGAGCGAUAACAGAGCAUUCUGUGCAGAGUGCACAAAUUUUACACGACACGUUACAACUCUACCUUUUAUAUAAUAUGGCAGAUCAUAAGCUGAUAAUGGCAGAACAAAAUUGAUUGUGUUAAGACAUUUUGUCCGAGCACUUUUUUGGUCUAAUUUGGCGCUCUGUGAUACAGCUGCUAAACCAGUUGUGUAUAACAGACCUACAUGUAGAUGCUGACACAUUUUUUCAAAACUGCAAAUAAUGAGUCACAUGAUGCCAUAUUCUGCCUAGUAAAGACCUUCAGUAUUGUCAGUUGUUCAUACACCUAGAAUGCUGUGUGCUGGAAUGUCAAAUGGAUUAGGAAUGAAGUUGGACAGAUUUCACAAGUCUUCCUUUUUGAUGUAUGUUGAUAUGAUGAUGUUGUUUUUGCUUCAUGGCAGUACAUUUUGUGUGUCAGUUUAAAGAUUUGACAUUUGACCAGUGUCAGUAAAUUU